AUGGGCAACAAAACCUCAGCUCCAGUGGGAAACACUGUCUUUCUUUCUAAGAAGCAUAAUGUUUACAGGAUCCCUGCACUGUUCUAUGACAAUGACAGAAAAAUCCUCAUGGCCUUUGCAGAAAAGAGGAGGAAUUCAAGUGAUGCAAGCGCAAAGGCACUGGUCAUGAGGACAGGAACUCUGCACAAGGAUGCAACAACUCAUAAAGUGAGAGUAAAGUGGUCUGGGCUCAAACUGGUAAAGGAAGCAAAGAUCCAAGGAUACCGUCCCAUGAACCCCUGCCCACUGUACGAGAAAACCAGCAAGACCCUCUUCCUCUUCUUCAUCUGUGUUGAAGGAACCUACUCGGAGCAGUUCCAGAUAAUCUUCAACUGCAACAAGGCCCGUCUCUGCUACAUCACAAGUAAAGAUGGCGGCCAAAGCUGGAGUGGUGUGAAUGAUCUUACUGGUAAACUGCGUGAAAUCAAGAGCUGGGCCACAUUUGCUGUUGGUCCAGGUCAUGGUAUCCAAACAGAGAGUGGGAGAUUGAUUGUCCCAGUUUAUGGGUAUGAAUCACGCAUUAAAAACUGCCGCCGUAAUCCAUAUUCACUCUUUCUUUACAGUGAUGAUAAAGGGAAAACAUGGCAGUUUAUCAGCAAAAUUGAAAAAGUGUCCCUUGAGUGUGAAAUGGCAGAGGUGUCUGAUGACACAGGCCUCAAGUCCAUCUACUGCAAUGCUCGCAGUAAGGGAGGCUGCAGAGUGGAGGCUCUUAAUAAGAAUGAUGGGAAUGGAUUUAGCAUCCUCCAGUCUAAGCUGGUGGAGACAGGUGGAGGCUGUCAGGGAAGUGUGGUGUCCUUUCCAGCUCAAAAUGAAGGUACUCAGGACAAGAACCCAAACAAGUGGCUGCUCUACAGCCACCCAAGCAGUAAAUCCAAACGCUCUGAUUUAGGGGUUUAUUUGAACAAGGUGCCGAGCGACUCUAGUGCAUGGAGUAAACCUUGGAUCAUCAACAGAGGACCCAGUGGUUACUCUGACCUGGCUUACAUUGGUGAUGGGUAUUUUGCUCUACUGAUGGAGUGUGGGAAGCAGAGUGAGAUCGAACAGAUCGCCUACAAAGUUUUUAGCUACAAGGACAUCCUGUAUGGCAUUAGAGAGUAA